AUGAGGCCCGCUGUGCUGGUCUCGCUCCUGCUGCUGCUUGUGCACGCCUCGGCUGCGCCAGUGCCUUACAUCGAGCUGGGCGACCGGAUCACCAAAAGAGAAAAUCGUGCUGUACAUACUGCGUCCGAGGAGCCUGAGAAUGAGGCGCAGCAGCAGAAUCCUUCCUCGUCGAGUUUCCAAAGGCCAUCCGGAAAUGCUGCGAGCACGACUCGAUACGAGCAGCAGCGGUCGCACUCUGUUGACGUGGAGCUUGUCAAGCGAUACGUGUAUCCCAGCAAUGAUCCAGUUACGCUACACAGCAAACCAUGGCCAAAGCGUCACGCCUUUCAAGUGGUCGCGCCGCCGCGCAAAAAGAAAGAUGGCCUGAACGCGGGUCAAAUUGCUGGAGUAGCUGCAGGCUCUCUCGCUGGCGCCGGUCUACUGGGCGGAGCUACGGCUCACGUACUCGGUAAAAAGGUCUCCGGACUGAGUUUCGCUCUGAACAAAUUCACAAAGCGUCCACGGGUUGGACCUCUGUUCAAGCAAAAGAUAGAGACGACGCCCACUUUCACGCCCAUCUCUCGCGUGUUGCCUCGUGACAUACAGCAGAUGCAUGCUGUCUUGACUCGCAGAGAUCUCGCGUCCCAACAACUUCUGCACACGGUCAAUCAAACCGACAAGAAGGGUCAGAAGAAGCAAAAUGGUCUCUCGGAUAGGAUCACUUCGACGCUGCAAAAAGUGGUGCUGCCGGCUUUAGCGACUCUGGGUGCAAUGCUCGCUACGGAAGCAAUCAUCAACGGAGUUCAGACGAAGCAGGAAGAGUCGGCCUUGAAGAAGGCAGGUGUGCACGAAUUCACUCAUGUCCGCGCCAAACGCGGUAUCGAGGAUGAGCUAUCUCCAGACACGGACACGGUGGUCAGUCGACGAACUGAACACGACGAGUCUCUCGAUGCGGGACGAUUCGUGCCGAUGCCAAGCAACAAAAAGAAGAAGAAGAAAGGUUCACUGACGACUAAACAAAAGUGGCUCUUGGGAGCCGGGGGAGCAACGGCAAGCGUCGGUUUAGCCGGCUUUGUCUAUGGCCUCAAGAAGCUGGCUGACCAAUUGAAGCAGACCAAAGGUUUGACUGCUGUGCGACGUCGAGAAGAGGCAUCCAUGCCAGGGAUGGUCAAGUCCCGUGACCUCGAUGCUAGGGACACAUCAGGGGAGACGGCCUUCACCGUUCCAGUCUCGCGCGAUCGGGACUCACAGAUUGCCGCAAUAGAGGAGCUGCGCAAACGGGACGCACUUGAUGGCAGCUUCGACGUACAAAUUUUGGAAGCUCGCAAGGGCAGGAUCAAGUUCAAGCCGCCGAAAAAGAAGAAGAGGAAAGAUCAAGCUGCUACGGGAGCAGACCCACCAAGCAGCUCCUCACACCGUCACAAGGUCCGAAACGCUGCUUUGGUCUCGCUUGGAGCAGCGACUGGUAUUUCCAAGCGGGCCGAGAGCGCUUUGCGCGAUGCUUGGGACGAAACAACGUUGCGCAAACGUUCACCGAUGCAUUUCAGACACAAACGACCCGAUGAUGACGACUCGGCCUACAAUAAUCGCGUCAACGGCAACAACGCUGCACCAGCUCCUAACAGCACUUCGCGCCACAAGACGGCACGCAAUGCUGCUCUCAUUUCCCUUGGCGUGGGAGCGGGCGCUGGCGUGCUGGGCGGAGCGUUUGGGUACCGCCACAGCCUCCUUGGAAUGUUCUCCAGGCCGUUUUCGAACUCAAUGCGCUACGCAAAGAUCGCUAGGCGAGACUUUGAGAGCACUGCCCCAACCAGUGCGGAGGAGGGGUUAAUCGUUCUAGAAAGACGCAAAGGGGGUGGUGGAGGUGGUCACGGUGGUGGAGGUGGGGGCCACAGCGGAGGUGGAGCGGCCUCGGGAAGAGGGGGUCCGAUCACAGCAGUGCCUGGUGGUGGGGCCUUUGCAGGUGGCAACGCGGCGCGCAGCGGCUCUAGCGGCGCACACUCGUCAGGCAAAAAGUCAAAGGGUAUUAGUGGUGCAGCCCUGGGCGGUAUUCUUGGAGGCCUCGGAGGCCUCGCCGUGCUGUUUGGUGGGGUGUAUUAUGGUGGCAGAAAAUUGCGAACCGCACUCAUGAAAUUUGGAGGCGCAGGAACGAGGAGGUCUGGUAGCAACUCUCCGAGGCAUCAUUUCGAUCCUGAACGGGCUUCUCGGGCCCCUCAUCACUUCAAACGAUCUGAAGAGCACAUUUCUUUAGACCACGAAGCAUCUAAAAUUUCUCGUGCUGAAGAUUCAGCCAAUGAGACCACUGCCAUCCUCGAGCGUCGCAAAGGCGGAGGUGGCGGUGGCGGUGGCGGUGGGCAUGGCGGUGGUGGUGGCGGGGGUUUCCGAGGUGGUGGCGGCGGGGGGUUUCGAGGUGGUGGAAGCGCUACUGCGGUCGGUGGAGGAAGCUUCUCGCGCGGCCGCGCUCCCCCUUCCAGCGGCAAGGGCAAGGACUGGAGUUGGGGAGCCACAGCAGGUCUUCUCGGAGGACUGGGAGGUGCUGCCGGACUCGCUGCGUUAGCAGCAAAGUGGCGAUCGGGCGGCCUGAAGGGCAUCGGUCGAUUCUUUUCUGCACCAUUCAAGAACAAAAGCAAACCCAGAGGUGUUACUCUUUCAGGCGCAGAAGGGCGUGGUACAGACUUCAAGCCGCUUCCUGCCCCUUAUGCACCAGCCAUCUUCAAAAGGUCAUCAGCCAAUCUCUCGAUCCCAGAACGAGGGGAGACGCCCAUCCGAAGCUUGACUACAGACACAGAUAGCUCGAAGCUCGAUCGUCGCAACUUAGCCUUCAACCUUCGCGCAUCGCCAGCGGAGGCACACGACGAGCGCAACAGCUUGCAAGAGCGAAUCAGUGCAGCCAAACCCUCCAUCGAGCGAAGAAACUUCUUCGAUCACGAUGACGCUCAAAGUGAUGGCGGGCCUUCGUCAGGUCCGGCAACGCGACGACUGCAGCGCCGGGAUCUCCAGACAAAGACGGACCAUCUAGAGGUUCGUCAGUCCACACCUGCUGAAAAAUCUCGUAAGAAAGGAGGUUGGGAUUCCAUCUCUGGUAAUGCCAAAGCAGGCAUUGGCUUCGUACUUGGGCUUGGCGCUGGUGCUGCUGGAGCUCUAGGCAUUAGAGCUGGCCUUGCAAGGCUGGCCAAGACUGCUCGUCGGGCGACCCCUCUUUACAAUUUCGAGAACGCCUAUGCUGGUGAGGUCACUCCGGCCGGACCUUUGGCAGCACGAGACUUAUCUUCCGGCGAAGAGUUUGGACUGGGCCUAGGUGUCGGCGUGGCUGGCGGAGCGACAGGAUAUCACUUUGCGCGAAAGGCCAUCAGUGGGAACCAUCAGCAGGUCACAAGUCCUUCGGACGCGUCGGAGCACAUCACUCCAUUCUCCGACCGUCGCCGAGAAAGUAUGGAGCAUCUAGAACCCAAUACCGGGACAGCAGCUGGUGCUGAGAAUAUCCACAGUCCAGCGAUGCUCUCGAAUUCGCCAAAUUCCCGACGUCGGGAUCUCAAAGAGCCCCUCAUCUGGGCGAGCAACGACGCGGUGCUGAAGAACACACAAUGCAACACACUACUGACGCCACUCGCGGAUUCCAAAGAAUGGCAGGAUCAGGUCCUCCUAGACGCGGUCUUGGUUAUAGAGAGGGCCUGUCGGACGGAAUCAACCUGGCUUGGGGUUAUCAACCCGCUUACUACGCGCACGCCGGCUCUCUUCGAGAUUCUGACAUGCUCGGAGACAUUCCUGGCGGUCUGCCGUCAACAUACCUUCGAGGACUGCGUCACGGUCGAGGGCAAGCGCCACCCCGCCGGACUUCUUUGCUUCAUCCGGAGCAGCAUGGAGCAUCUGCGUCUCGAACAGACUCAGAUCGCUGGCGUGGAAGGCAGUCUGGUAUGGCGAGGGUAUCCCAGCAGGUCCAUUACCGAGCUUUCUCCAAAGCUACAUGGAUCCUUUACUUCAUUGGAGAAGCGCCUCUCGUAUCCUGGCGAAAGUAAGGAAGAUGAGAAAAAACAAAGAGAGCUCAUGUCAUUGGCAUUUGCAUCUAUGGGUGCGUUGGUGGCAGGAGGACUGCUUGGGCACUAUGCAGGAAAUCGACACGAGCAGAUCAUGGCGGCUUUGCGCAGAAUGAAGGAAAGCUGCGUCAAUUGCCUUGGUGGUGGUACUAGGAACGCUGAGAGGCUUGCCAUCAACGCCGGUCCUGAUCAUGCUUCUUCUGGCCCUGAUGCUUUGUCGCACAGCCCUGUCGAGCGCUCCACGAGCUUCGACGCUCUCUCAAGAUCGGGCCAGUCCAACGACGUCCCAUCGCACGCGCUCAGCACCCCCGAGUACCGCACUCUCAGCAGGAGCACAUCGCAAGGCGGUGCCCAAUUGGCAGCACCGAGCCGGUCCAUGACCCACAGCGCCUCGUUUGCCGGACUGCGUGAUGGACAUCAUCCACCAGCUCGCAAUGAGCAGCAUAGCUUCGCGGCGCCUGAAAUCGAGUUGGCUUCUCCAGAAUCACCGCCACAGCUCGUGCGGAACCACAAGUUGCGUGGUGACGCUGGCCCCUCCACUUCGAGCCAAGCGCACGAAACGACUCGAAGCUCUUCGCUCGGAAUCGCGCCCGAUCACCUGCAUCGUCGCCAGGGAGAUGCAGCCUUUGGAAGCGCACGGCGGUACAUCGAGUCAGACAUUUUGGCUGCGACAGGCGCUUCUCGCUCUAGCACGCCCGCAGCACGCGAAGCCCAGUCCCUCGCCACUCGAGAUGCGAAUGGAGACGAUUUCGCACAUCCAUCGAACGACUACCACCUCACGUCAAAGGAGCUAGGCAAAGGCCUCGCUGGUGUCGGCGGCGCUAUUGGUGUGGCAGCGGUGGGAGCUGGCAGCUUCUUCCUCGCGAAGUGGCUAAGGAACAGGUUCUCCAGGACAGCUUCCGCGAAAGUGCAUCACGUUCUGCCACAGGGAGGAGAUGCUUCCCCGCGCCUAAAUGAUCCGCAUCGCCGCGAUGUUCAGCUCACGACUGCGCUCAGCAGCCCAAGGUCAGGCAACGAGAGUCGGAAGGAUCAGACUGUUCUCUUGCCAAAGAGGAACCGUCAGCUAGACUCGACAAUUAAACGCAGGCAGACGCCUGAUUUGCGCGCAGACCGUCCUGUGCCGACCGCCGCUGAAAAGCAAGCUGCGCAUAAGUCCGCGGCGGAGCGAGCUCGCAAACAUGCUAUGGUGUAUGGCGGUCUGGUUUUUGGCACAGCUGGAACUAUUGCGACACUCAUCCUGGGCAAAAAGUUGCACGCUCAAUGGGGAACUUGGAGCCGUGCUGCCAAAGCUCGCACGACCAUGAGAGCGAAAAUGUCCGCCACGUCUUCUGUGCGGUCCCAGUCAAAUUCUAGCCCCGCCGCUGACGAACGCGGCGACAGUGUACGCCGCUCGAUCGAUGGGUCGUCCACACCCAGGCUCAGCAAGAGAAAUUCGGCACCCGCAUCGGGCAACGCGCCCAGAUUCGGCACUUAUGAAGUCGGUGCACACAAUCUCUCAAAGGGCCCGCUACCAGAUGCUGCACAUCGAAGACAGGCUCAAGACCAAAAAGUCUUCGAGAAGGAUGCCUUCAAGAAAGCUGCUAUCUUAACGACCGCUAUCUCUGGUGCUGUAGGAGGUGCCUUUGGACUCUAUCACGGAAUCAAGCGUCUUCCUGCAGGUGUCAAGACUCUGCGCGCCAAAUUGAGGCGCUGGAAGGGCACGGCCGAAGUGACACCUAUUGCACACGUUCUAGAGAUGGUGCGUCACCCUCUAGCGGGACCACGAGUGCAUCUCCCUCGUCGAAAUUUAGACGAGAUUGCAGAAAGGGCUGGAAGCGUCCGUUACAAGAACCUACUUGUGCGCCGCGAGGAUGCGGACUACCAGAAGCAACGUUUGCAGCCUCCCACCAGUGAGGAGCCCGCCAGGAAGAAGCAUUUUGGCGAUGAUAAGCUCGAUUACGCGCUAGUCUCGGUCGGAGCCGCCGCCGCCACGAUUUUUGGUGGCUACGGCCUCACCAAGCUUUAUCGAGGCGCUCAGCGUUGGACGCGAGCAGCUGUACGGCAGAAGAAUCGGAUGAGCGCCGAUGUGAUGCCUGUGGAGCACCCGCCGCCCGGUGCGCUGUUUGCCCCGCAGGCAGGACAGCGCAAUCAAAUUCCGCGGCUGUUGGUCACGCUGCCUGAGAGGACGGCACCGCCUCGCCCACACUCGGCCUUGCCUCUCCAGCGUCGAUCUACUGUUUCGAGUAGCGGCUCCACUGCAGAUCUUCCAUCAGGCAAAAAGACGUCAUUUGGUCUUCGAAAGCCCGCCGUCGAUCUCGAAAAGGAUGUUCGAUUACUGCGUCGCGGCGAUCAGACCGCGCCAACCGGCUCAGGCACAGCUCACGACAGGUCACUUGAAAAGCCAGAUUCGCUUCUCAACGUAGCCGAGCAGCAUCCUGCUGCUUUCUGGAGCACGACCGCAGUGGGUGGGGUGGGCGCCGGUGUUUUGAUUGGGAUGGGUUCUCUCAAAGCAGCAAAAGGCAUAGACGCGCUCCGAGAAGCCGCACCAGGGCUCGUGGAGCGGCUUCGACGUCAGCGGAGACGCAUGACGACGAGCGUGAUGCCCAUCGAGCGUCCGCCGUCCAAUGCAUAUUUCCAGCCGCACCAUGUGCCAGGAUCGCGCGAAGCCAACGUGCGGAUGGUGCCUCUGGCACCUGAGGCGCUGAUGCCGCCGCGCUCGCUUCCCUCUUCCUCCAUACAGCGCCAAGCCGCUGCUCCUAAUUCUGCGCUCCAUCGACGGCAGCAGUCCGACGUCGCACCCACGACACAGCCUCAGCAAGGCGAAGAAGCUGGCUCGAAAGCCAAUGCCGACGCAGAAAUAGUAGCGGCUGAGGCGCGACACCACGAUCGAGAAGUUGAGCGACACAAUCACAUGAUAGACACGAUCAACAAUCAACGGCAGCUCUCGCGCUUUAUCUCGGCUUCACCGGACAAAGAGGUAGAGCCCUAUGGUCUCGAAUCUGCGCUUGGAAAGCUCGCCGUUGCCCAACAGUCACGCCUGUGA